ACUUAACGAAAACGUCAAAAGUGAUUUGACGUCUUCAUCAUCUACCACCUUCACCCUGGAUUUAGAAUAUAGGAAUCGGAACAAAAAUUUCCACAAUGAAGUCGGUUUUCCAUAGUUUUCUGAUAAUUUGUAUAUGUGCAAUUUACGUUGAAGCGAUUCUCUUCAAUUUGCCGCCCAACACACAAAAAUGCUUGAAGGAAGAUAUGCAGGGAAAUCAACUCGUCGUCGGUGAAUACGCCGUCUCUGAAGUGCCCGGCCAGAAGGUGGACUAUGUUGUGAAAGAUUCGAAAGGACACAUCUUAUCGCAAAAGGACCUCAUUACGCGGGGAAAGUUCAGCUUCACGACCGAACUCUAUGACACAUUCGAGAUCUGCUUCACCUCGAAAGUACCGCCACAUCAACGUGCUGUCGCGCAUGAGGUCUCGCUAACAACGAAAAAAGGAGCUGAAUCGAAAAAUUAUGAAGGUUUGAUAGGGGAAGCCGCCAAAUUGAAACCAUUAGAAGUUGACUUAAAACGUUUGGAAGAUCUUUCUGAUUCCAUCGUCCGGGACUUUGCUUUGAUGCUCAAGCGAGAAAAGGAAAUGAGAGACACUAAUGAGUCGACCAAUAAUCGCGUGUUGUUCUUCAGUAUAUUCAGUAUGUGCUGUCUCCUUGGUCUGGCAACUUGGCAAGUUUUGUAUCUAAGAAGAUAUUUCAAAGCAAAGAAACUCAUAGAGUAAAAUAAAGAAUAGUAAUCUUUGUAAGAAUAUAUCUUGAAGUGUAAUUAAAAAUUUUGAAAUAAAUCUUUAAAAUAUAAUUAAA